UUUUGACGGAUUUCUCCAGGUCAGUGUCGCGAGGUCAGUGUCUCUGGCCGCUUGUCAAGGACCAAGGUGCCACCACAGCCAGCCAGGAUCCUUAAACUGGAGUCAGCGUCUUUUAAACUGAGCAGUGGAUUGUCCUGAGAUGGAAGGCGCCCGCCCAGGGCUUUAAGGAAAUAAAAUCUGGGCCUGGAACUCUGAGUCUACAGAUUCACAGUAAUGAAUCAGUGCAUUUAUAGAGGAAUGGAAGAAAACAAGGAAAGACCCAAGCGGCUGAGGCAGAGCAACUUCUCAAUGUUUCCCUCUCCCAAAGCCUGGAAUUUCAGAGGGCGGAAACGGAAGCAGAGUUCCCAGGAUGAAGAUGCUAUCAGCCUGUGCAGUCUUGACAUAAGCGAACCUAGUAAUAAAAGGGUCAAACCCCUUUCGAGAGUCACAUCCCUAGCAAACCUCAUCCCACCUGUGAAGACCACACCGUUAAAGCGCUUCAGCCAAACCUUGCAGCGGUCCAUUAGCUUCCGAAGUGAGAGCCGCCCCGACAUCCUUGCCCCCCGAGCCUGGUCCAGAAAUGCCACCUCCUCAAGCACAAAGCGGAGGGACAGCAAACUGUGGAGUGAGACCUUCGAUGUGUGUGUCAAUCAGGUGCUUACGGCCAAGGAGAUCAAGCGACAGGAGGCAAUCUUUGAGCUUUCUCAAGGUGAAGAAGACCUGAUAGAAGACUUGAAACUGGCAAAAAAGGCCUACCAUGACCCCAUGCUGAAACUCUCAAUAAUGACAGAAGAAGAACUGAAUCAAAUUUUUGGAACACUGGACUCUCUAAUUCCUCUACAUGAAGAUCUCCUUAGUCAGCUUCGAGACAUUCGGAAGCCUGAUGGUUCAACUGAGCAUGUUGGUCCCAUCCUUGUGGGCUGGCUGCCUUGUCUCAGUUCCUAUGACAGCUACUGCAGCAAUCAAGUUGCUGCCAAAGCCCUUCUGGACCACAAAAAGCAAGACCACAGAGUCCAGGAUUUCCUUCAGCGCUGCCUAGAAUCCCCCUUCAGCCGCAAACUAGAUCUCUGGAAUUUCCUUGAUAUUCCCAGGAGCCGCCUGGUAAAAUACCCUCUGCUCCUCCGAGAAAUCCUGAGGCACACGCCAAAUGAUGAUCCAGACCAACAGCACUUGGAGGAAGCUAUAAACAUCAUUCAGGGCAUUGUGGCAGAAAUCAACACCAAGACUGGUGAAUCGGAAUGCCGAUAUUACAAAGAGCGGCUCCUUUACUUGGAAGAAGCCCAGAAAGAUUCCCUGAUUGACAGCUCAAGGGUCCUGUGUUGUCACGGUGAACUGAAAAAUAACCGGGGUGUGAAACUACAUGUUUUCCUCUUCCAAGAAGUGCUUGUGAUCACUCGAGCUGUCACUCACAAUGAGCAACUCUGCUACCAGUUGUACCGGCAGCCCAUCCCUGUGAAGGACCUCAUGCUGGAAGACCUGCAGGAUGGAGAAGUUCGGCUGGGUGGCUCCCUGCGUGGGGCCUUCAGCAACAAUGAGAGAAUUAAAAACUUCUUCAGAGUCAGUUUCAAAAAUGGAUCCCAAAGUCAGACCCACUCACUACAAGCCAAUGACACCUUCAACAAACAGCAGUGGCUCAACUGUAUCCGGCAAGCCAAAGAAACAGUUCUGUCUGCUUCUGGGCAGGCAGGCUUGCUUGACUCUGAGGGACUGCUCCUGGGUCCUGGCACUGAGAACAGGGAGCCACGAGGAGAGACAAAACUUGAGCAGAUGGACCAAUCGGACAGUGAGUCAGACUGCAGUAUGGACACCAGUGAGGUCAGCCUUGAAUGUGAGAGGAUGGAACAGACAGAUGUCUCCUGUGCAGACAGCAGGCUAGAGGAAAGUGUCUGACGGAGGGCUGUGCCCAUGUCUUACCUGUACAGUAUUGGCAUUCCACACAUGAACAGUUUGGAGAGGGACGUUGUAACACUUCUGUGCCUGUGCACAUGUGUCCCUUUGCCUGACCUUGUCCCUAGUACUGUAACUGCCAACCACUCUGUGUCAGGUGGUGUCUGCUGUGGCAGCCCUUCCUCCCAUUGCUCUGUCUCUGCAUCUGGAUGAGUGGAGAGGAAGUGAACAAGUUACUUUGAAUUGUCCUUCUGGAUUUUUCAAAACAGGAAGGAUCUCUAAACUACUGUUGUGUGUGGACUGCAUUGACAGUCCCAUGCUUCUCCGGUGUUCCCGUAGCUGAAGACAUGGAAUUGAGAAAGCAUUGCCGAGUCUUGAGAUGGCAUUUAAAUGGAAGGCAGGAAAGCCCAACCCCUGAAGUGAACUUGGGUUCUGUGUUAUUCAACCAAAAAACAUGAAAACAUCUCUGGGGGGUUUCUGAGGUUUGACUUUGCAAAGGAGGAAGCUUUGUUUGAACCCUGUGGUUUCAUCCAGUGCAAGCUGAAUGUAAUAAUCUAUGAAGACAAACAGAACCUGGCUUCAGAAAGGACCAAGACAAAAGCAGCUGCUGGACAGGCCUGGUGGCGCAGGCCUACAAUCCGAGCAUUUGAGAGCAGAGGUAGGGAGUUCUGGAGUUCAAGAACAUACUUAGCUAUACACCAAGUUCUAGUUCAAACUGAGUUCCAUUGUAAAAACAAAACCAAAAAGUUGAAAGUACCUGCCAGUUCUGAAUAUUCUACUGAAAAAUGUGUUUGUCAUAGCUAUGGGCUUGUCAAAGAGAGCCAUUUCUAGCCUACAACGCCAGGAGAGAUUCCCAGGGCCAGGAAUGAUCUGCCAGGAAUCUGAGACACUGUGUGCCUCAUGCUCCACCUGUCUCAGCCACUCCUAAUUUUGAGUGAUAAUGAGAUGACACAAGACCAUGACUGCAUCGGUGACUCUGUUUACAAACGUGAAAGAAAGACCUAGGAGUCAGAAUAUGUCACCACCACCGAAGCCUCCUGUGAGAGCCACUGAAGUUGUCAAUAGUCUAGAGGGUCUUGGGAUUUCUAGCUCUGCUUUUGGGCCCUGAGUAUGGGUCUUUGGUUCUUGAGCUAUAAUCAGAAUGGUGGUUAAUUCCUUGUGAGCCCAAUUUCAUUAGCUCUGAUAAACCAGGAUCAGCUAGCUAGCCAAACUGGAAAGUUCUGUGUUCCAGCCUUGAUUUACAAAGCAAAGACAGGUUAAAGAAAAAAAACCUUAGG